GAAUUACUUGAAUGUCAUUUUGUUUCACUCAGUGAGCAAAAUGUGAUUUUUCUCACUGUUUUUAAGCAGCAAAGUACACUUGUUCGAGCUGCUGAGGUGAAAAUAAAUAAGUCACCCGCUGUCACUGGCGCCCCGCCCCGCGUUUCGCUCCGGACACAGGCAAUUGCUCGCGCGCUAGAACUAUAUGGUACGAUUUACUCGUUACACAACCACACCACACAUGUCAGCCAUUGUUUUGUUGUCCACCUGCCUGAGCCGGUUCACUUAGGUUGGACUUUACACAACAGAAACUAAUCAAUAUUUUUAAGAAGCGCCUAGCUGUGAAAUUCUUACGUCGGUAAGUCGCUGUAGCCGAGUAAAAUGGAACACGACCACAGCGCGCACGCACACAUGCCCGGCAUGAACAUGGGCAGCGUGGCCACACCCACACACGACCACCACGACAUGGACGACGGCUGCUCCGGACACAUGCACGCCAUGGUGUUCCACACUGGCGUCUGUCAAGAGAUCCUGUUCAGCGGCUGGAUGACCACCACAGCGCUGGAGCUGUUCGGCUCAGCGGUGGCCAUCUUCCUGGCGGGCGUUCUGUACGAGGGCCUCAAGUACUACCGGGAGGCGCUGCAUGCGCGCGCCACCUCCGUGCGCGGCGACUCGCAAGUCAACAUCACCAAGAACGAGUGCGGCGCCAAUGGGAACUGCGGGGGCACUGCUGUCGUCAAAUACUCAAUGCUAUCAACGGGGCACUUCAUCCAAACGCUCCUCCACGUCGUGCAGUCCACGGCCUCGUACGUGCUGAUGCUGGUGUUCAUGACCUACAACGUGUGGCUGUGCGUCGCGCUGGUGGCCGGGCUGGCCGUCGGCUACUUCUGCUUCGGCUGGCGGAAGAACACCGUCAUCGACGUCACGGAACACUGUCAAUAGACUCCGUCUGAGCUAACUCAGCACCUAAGGUGAUAAUGUGUGAAAUUUCCACAAUAGACGUUAUAUUUCAAUAUAAAUUUGACGAUUUUA